CGUCUCACGUUACGAUGGAUUCCCAGCCAUGUCGGCGUCCCGGGCAACGAAGCAGUUGAUCACCAAGCGAAAAUGGCAGCGCGUCAGAGGCCUGACCCCCCUAACAUGACAGCGCUGCCCCGAGUACUCCGCAAAUCACUGCCCAUGAGCGUCGCCGCCCUGAAACAGCACAGAACGGCCAACCUCAAACGAGAAGCUCUCACCCGUUGGAAAACAUCCCCUCGCUGCGACAGACUACGCCGAAUCGACCCCACUCUCCCAUCGAACAAAUUC